UUCUCUGUAUUAUUCAGGAUUCAUGAGGUUGGUGGUUUCCAUCAGUGUUUGUGUGCGGACUGCGCAUGCGCGUGUUCACCGGGACGCGCUGCUCGAGAUUCUUCUGCAUCUGUAAGAAAACAUGCGAACAUUAACAUGUGUGAGAGGACAGGCAGCACAGCACAGGUUCGGGUGACCGGGUCCGGGUCCAGUUCGGGUUCCGAGGAUGUCCGGGAGCGCGGACGCGGACGGAGGCGUCAAUAAAGUUCGAGUCAAACGACAGAUCAGGGGCAUCGUGAAGGAUCUGGAGAACAUCCUAGGAGACCUGAAGGAUGUGGCGAAGGAGCUCAAAGAGGUGGUUCAGGAGAUCGACUGCCUGACGUCGGAUCUUCAUCUGGAAGAGGAGCUGACGGACAGUUCGAAGACCGACACGCUGAACAGCAGCUCCAGCAGCACCACAGCCUCCAGCGUCAAGAUCUACCCCGAGGAGACGGUGCCAGUGUCUCCUGCUGUCCUGGCGGUCCUGAAGAGACCCGGUCCAGCGCCCCGGUCCAGCGCCGAGCUCACGGCUAACGGGACGCUGAUGAGGAACGGAGUCGCUAGCAGAGAGAAGCCUCACGCGAGCCGCUGUCCUCAGACCACGAGGGAACGGGUCCGCUUCAGCGAGAAGGUCCAGUAUCACGGAUACUGCCCGGACUGUGAUCUACAGUACGACAUGAACAGCACGGAUCUGCACUUACACACAGAACUGAUGGAUCCCACGCCGAGUCCCGUCCAUCAGAACCUCGCGUUCCCCUCGCAAAAACCACAGAAGACCAUUUUACGCAAGUCCACCAGCACCACCGUUUGAUGCAGACUGAGUCCAAACAAACUGUUUUUGCACUUUUCUUCAUAGUUUUCUUUUGUUUGGAGAGCACCAGACGGAGAGACGAGAGAAACCCAGAUGUCGAACGGCAUCUCGUACGCUGAUCAUCUUCACUUCAUUGCGUGACGUUCAGCGAGCGCUUGGUUUCUGACAGAAACGAGCCGGAGGACAGAGCAUCGGAGGAAGAGGAUUCAGAUGAGAACAACAUUCCCAUCACAUUCCCUCUCCUCAGAGCCGCUCCGAGAGCGUCUGAUGUCUCUGAGCCUUUAACAAGAGCCGUGAGACUGAUAGAAUGAUGCUAGUCGAGGAAACCAAAAACUAGGGAGUGUGUGUGUGUGU